UACUCGUCAAUCUUACGUUUUCCAAACUUGCAGAUUCAUGAUUUGUGUAGUAUAUUAAUUAUUGUUAAUAAAAUUACUUUUUAUGAGAUAGGCAGACUUUUAAUUAGGGUAGAAGUUAGGUUAGAUUCCUGUGGCGCAACCAUUUUUGUAACUUCUGAAAGUGAAAUGGAAGAACAGAAAACAGAUUCAAAUUCAGAUCCAGAAGUUUUGACAUCUGCAUUUAGCUCAGUUUGGCAGAUGCUACAAUUCUAUGGUUGGUAUUUGGUUUUUGGAGUCAUUGUUCUUUCUAUCAUCUGGACCAAUUUUGGACCACGUCUGAAACAGUGGUUAGAUAAGAGUCAACAUGAACAUCAGAACCACCAUAAAGAUCCCGACCUUGUCCUGGCAAGACAGGAAGCUUUAGAAAGAGCUCGUCGUCAACUCCAAGAACAGCAAGAUAUCCUUGCUGCUAGACAUGCUGAGAAGAUGAGAGAGAGAGAAGAGGAGAAACGAAGAGAUAAAAUUGAAAAGUGGGAGGGGCUUCAACAGGGGCAAGGUAGACAGAUAGGGCAAGAGAGACAAUUCACUCAACCUACUGACAGAGAAAGGACACGGAGUAGUAACAGCAGUGAGAGCAGGUUAAGGGGAAAUUAUAAUCCUCUCACAGGAGCAGGGGGUGGGGCUGGCUAUCGGCCUUCAAGAAGAGAGCAGUUUGGUGGGGGAUGACGAUAACUUUCACGUGCUGUACAAACCAGAGGAUUUUAUUCUCAUAAGGUGCUGGUGCAAGAAAAAUUAAUUUAAGGCAGUUAUUUACAUUUAAAGAUGCCUCUGGUUUCAGAUACACACGUGUUCAUUCGUUUUAAGAGCUCAAAGUUAUACACAUGCUGUACAUAGAAAAUAUGGUUUCACAUCUGCUUACUGGCAUGAUUAUUGAAAGUUUCUUCCUUUUAAAGGCAGUACUACUUGUUAUAUGAUAAGUUUUAUUCACUUUGAACUUUCCAUCUUAAAACACUGACCUCAGUUUUUAUUAAAAUUAAAACAUGUUUCUUAUUUGUCCAGAUCAGAUUUCUUGUUACAAAAGCUUAUGAAGGAAAAUCUCUUAAAUUAUUUACUAGUUCUGUUGUACAAAUGUGACUCGCUAUUAUUGUAAGUGAGCAGUAAAUGACGACAGUUGCAGAAAUGUUGUUUAACAUGCUACUGUCCGAUACACUGAAACUGUAUUUCACAUGCAAGUGUUGAUUCUUCAUCGUAAUUGUGUAACAAGAAUCAUGUUCUAGCUGAAUUUCAAUAAAAUUAUGUCGUACUUAUAUUUAA